AUGGCUGAUGAAAUUACAAAUAAGUGUGCCAAUUUACAGAUUACAUCAGAUGAGAAUUCUGUUAUUUCUUUCGAAGAAGUACCAGAUGACAGUAACGCAUCGGGCAUUGAUUUAUCACUAGUUGGAAAGGUUUUAUCAAUUCGCCCUCACAAUUUUGAGGCGAUGAAGAAGACGUUAAACCAGAUAUGGUUGAUCUCCAAAGAUGUCCUAUUCAGGAACAUAGAAAACGGUCUUUUUAUGGUUCAGUUCGCGCACUUUAGAGACAAGGCGAAAGUCAUGGCAGGUAGGCCGUGGACUUUUGAUCAGAAUCUCGUUCUGUUAAACGAAAUUGAGGGUACUGCGCAACCUUCGAAUAUUGCCCUCACCCAUUGCCCUUUUUGGAUUAGACUUUAUAACUUACCUAUGGACAGUCGAUCCGAAAACCGAAUCAGGAUGAUUGGUAGUGGUAUAGGGACGGUGAUAGAAGUUGACUUUGACGGUAUAGUAUGGGAUAAAUCCGCUCGAGUGAAGGUGCUUGUGGAUGUGACUAAGCCUUUGAGACGUAUUCAGCAGAUUCGAUGUAAGGGGGGUGUCGUAGCCAUUGUUGAGGUGAAGUACGAGCGGCUUCCGAAUUUUUGUUAG